AUGGUUUUCCAUUUCGUUAAACGCAUUAUCCCCCUUUCCAUUCCUUCCACCCACGCAUCCUACCUGCCUUCCUUCCUUCAUUUCUCUCUUCCUUCCUUCCUGCCUUCCUUCCUUCCUUCCUUCCUUCCUUCUUUCUUUCUUUCUUUCUUCCUUCCUUCUUUCUUUCGUUUUGUUCUUUUCUUGACCUAUAUACAUAUCUAUCUAUCUAUCUAUCUAUCCUCGAUUGAUUUAUAUAUCUUUCUGCCUACUGUUGAUUUAUAUAUCUUUUUGCCUACUGUUGAUCUAUCUAUCUAUCUAUCUAUCUAUCUAUCUAUCUAUCUAUCUAUCUAUCUAUCUAUCUAUCUAUCUAUGACAGCGGUAUCACCUAUCGUUCGUUCGUUCCUUUCUUCCUUCCUUGCUUGUUCCCUUCUUUUCGUUCCGAGCUCUCCUGAAUUGGUUUAUCUAUCUAUCUAUCUAUCUAUCUAUCUAUCUAUCUAUCUAUCUAUCUAUCUAUCUAUCUAUCUACUCUCAAAUGAUCUAUUAAUACACUUUCUAAUGGUCUAUCUAACUAUCAAUCUAUCUAUAUGUCCGUAUUUGAUCUAUCUAUCUAUCUAUCUAUCUAUCUAUCUAUCUAUCUAUCUAUCUAUCUGUAUGUAUGUAUGUAUGUAUGUCCGUUUGUUUGUCAGUACGCAUGAGAGUGUUAUCACAUCUUUCUUUCUUUCUUUCUUAAUCUAUUUACUUAUCUAUCUCAUUCUAUCAUAUCUAUCUAUCUAUCUAUCUAUCUAUCUAUCUAUCUAUCUAUCUAUCUAUCUAUCUCAAUUCAUAUAUAUAUAUAUUAAUAUAUUAUGUAUGCUUUCGUUUUCUCACUAA